CUUCCAAAAACAAUAUUUAUCACACCUAUGACACAUUCUAUUGUAGUAUAUGGACGCAAACGUAAAAUAAAAUAGAAACUACAUUUUUCAAAAGGUAUGUGGUAUGUUCUCGUGACAUGGUCCUAACAAAAACAAGUGUUAAUCGAAAUCGCAUUCGACUCAUUCGGAAUCUCGCUAUCGCCACAGUAAAGAAAUGACGUUUUGGCGACAUGCAUAACUCUGUGAUUUCAAAAUUCUCGUUAUUGCAUGAGGGAAUGUCACUGCAUGAAAUAAUGUAAAAGAAAGUCGUUUCGAUGUUAUAAUAUUCGUUUAAAUUAACAAGUUUCUGAAACACACUUAAAAUCCAAUGUAAUAAUACAUUUACAAUACUAAUAAAAUACAUCAGUGAAAUGUCCACUGAAAAUACAUUCAUAAAGGAGGAUGGUUUCGGUUUUGUGCGGAGUUCUGAUAACGGCGCGGUAAAUCGUGACUGUUACGAAAUUGUCCGACGGUAGGUCGAUCGAAAUCUAAGAACAUUCGAUCACAUUCGUUCGGUUAUCAAUCCAACCUAUAUAUAAUAUAUACCGGUGUGAUGCGAUUUUUAGGUAUACCAUGACAAACAAGGGGAAUUCUUCGGUUCGAUUGAUUACCUGGGGUGCGGCCGUACAGUCCGUAAAAGUGCCAAAUGAUAAAGGAAUAUUUGGGGACGUCGUCCUUGGGUACGAUACCAUAGAAGGUACAUUCCCCGUCGUCACUGUAUUUGUGAACGUAUCUAGAUUUUUGUACUUUGGCAAUAUCAUCGGGUGCCUGACCAAUCAUGUAUCAUCGGAUAUUAAUGUCGUCAAUACCAACGCUUGUGGAUAUCGGUCGAUCGACAAUUACACCAAGGGAGACGUUCGUGCUUUCGACGAUGUCAAUUGGGAGUCUUGCAUAGUUGGCAAACAGGUGGUAAUGAGCAAUCUGAGCUACGCGAACGUCGAAGGCUGGCGAGGCAAAAUGCUUACGCAGGUAAAGUUCGCCUGGACGGACGAGAAUCAGCUCCACGUAAAUAUCCGGGCGAGUUCGACGGAGCCGACACCAGUGAACAUCACCACCCGCUGCCUCUUCAAUCUUGCUGGUCACGGCACCGGAGCGAGUGAGCUGAGGAACCAUGUCGUGACCGUGAACGCCGGGAGAUGGACGUUCAUGGAUGUCAGGGACAAAAUACCAACCGGUGCCAUUCGAUCGGUGGAUUCGACGAUCUAUGAUCUACGGUUUCCAACCCAGCUCACCAAGCAAAGACUCCGCCAGGUACCCGGGGGUGGUUACGAUCACAACCUCUGCGUCAACGCUCCGAGCUGUUGGUGCUACCGAUUUCACGCUAGAUUAUUGCAUCCUGGCUCGGGGAGAUUCAUGGAAGUCUAUUCGAAUCAACCCGGAUUACACAUUUAUACUGGCAACGAUUUUCCGGAACCCGGACAAUCCCAUUUGCCGGAUAUUAAAGACUGUUGUUGGGGUGAAUGCGGAGACCGAACGAAUAGCAACGAAAGUUUGCCUGAGACGGUAGUGAAGCGGGAGAAAGAAACACCGGGUAAAGAUGGGAUCCUGUAUCGCAGGCACGGAGGCCUUAUGCUUUCACCUCAGAAUUAUCCGAACGCUGUUAACACUCCGGGGUUUCCAUCGUGCAUCCUCUAUCCAGGAAAAGUCUACGCCCACGACAUGACCUACAAAUUUGGGGUGCUUCGUAAAAUUUGA